AUGUUUUCAGAUUUUCUUGCUUCAUGCCAGCGAAAAGUCAAAUCCAAGUCACAAAAGAAGUUCCAGUGUGUGUUUGAGGGGAUUGCUAAAGCUGGACACCCAUCCCUUCUGAAUAAGAUGUUCACAGAGAUCUACAUCACAGAUGGAGGGACCACAGCAGUCAAUGAUGAACAUGAGGUCAGACGGAUUGAAAUAGCAUCCUGGAAACCACACAGACCAGAAACAACAAUCAGAUAUGAAGACAUCUUUAAAACCCCACCUGGAAGAGAUGAACCAAUCAGAACAGUGAUGACAAAGGGUGUGGCUGGCAUCGGGAAAACAGUCUUAACACAGAAGUUCACUCUGGACUGGGCUGAAGACAAGGCCAACCAGGACAUCCAGUUCACAUUUACAUUCACCUUCAGAGAGCUGAAUAUGCUGAAAGAGAAAGUGUUCAGCUUGGUGGAACUUGUUCAUCGCUUCUUUAGUGAAACCAAAGAAGCAGGAAUCUACAGGUUUGAAGAGUUCCAGGUUGUGUUCAUCUUUGAUGGUCUGGAUGAGUGUCGACUUCCUCUGGACUUCCUCAACACUGAGAUCCUGACUGAUGUUACUGAGUCCACCUCAGUGGAUGUGCUGCUGACAAACCUCAUCAGGGGGAAUCUGCUUCCCUCUGCUCGCCUCUGGAUAACCACACGACCUGCAGCAGCCGAUCAGAUCCCUUCUGAGUGUGUUGACAUGGUGACAGAGGUCAGAGGGUUCACUGACCCACAGAAGGAGGAGUACUUCAGGAAGAGAUUCAGAGAUGAUGACCAGGCCAGCAGAAUCAUCUCCCACAUCAAGACAUCACGAAGCCUCCACAUCAUGUGCCACAUCCCAAUCUUCUGCUGGAUCACUGCUACAGUUCUGGAGAAUGUGUUGAAGACCAGAGAGGGAGGAGAGCUGCCCAAGACCCUGACUGAGAUGUACAUCCACUUCCUAGUGGUUCAGUCCAAACGGAAGAAUGUAAAGUAUGAUGGAGCAGCCGAGACAGAUCCACACUGGAGUCCAGACACCAGGAAGAUGAUUGAAUCUCUGGGAAAACUGGCUUUUGAGCAGCUGCAGAAAGGCAACCUGAUCUUCUCUGAAUCAGACCUGACAGAGUGUGGCAUCGAUAUCACAGCAGCCUCAAUGUACUCAGGAGUGUUCACACAGAUCUUUAAAGAGGAGAGUGGACUGUACCAGGACAAGGUGUUCUGCUUCGUCCAUCUGAGUGUUCAGGAGUUUCUGGCUGCUCUUCAUGUUCAUCUGACAUUCACCAACUCUGGAGUCAACCUGCUGUCAGAAGAACAAACAACAUCAACACAGUUCUACCAGAGUGCUGUAGACAAGGCCUUACAGAGUCCAAAUGGACACCUGGACUUGUUCCUCCGCUUCCUCCUGGGUCUUUCACAAGAGACCAAUCAGAAUCUCCUACGAGGUCUACUGACACAGACAGGAAGUAUGUCAGAGACAAACAACAAAACAGUCAAGUACAUCAAGAAUAAGAUGGAUGAGAAUCUGUCUCCAGAGAGAAGCAUCAAUCUGUUCCACUGUCUGAAUGAACUGAAUGAUGGUUCUCUAGUGGAGGAGAUCCAAUGGUACCUGAGAUCAGGAAGUCUCUCCAUAGAUAAACUGUCUCCUGCUCAGUGGUCAGCUCUGGUCUUCAUCUUGCUGUCAUCAGAAAAAGAUCUGGACGUGUUUGACCUGAAGAAAUACAAUGCUUCAGAGGAGGCUCUUCUGAGGCUGCUGCCAGUGGUCAAAGCCUCCAACAAAGCUCUGUUAAGUGGCUGUAACCUGACGGAGAGAAGCUUUGAAGCUCUGUCCAAAGUUGUCAGCUCCCAGUCCUCUAGUCUGAGAGAGCUGGACCUGAGAAACAACGAUCUGCAGGAUUCAGGAGUGGAGCUGGUGUCUGCUGGAUUGAAGAGUCCACACUGCAGACUGGAAACUCUCAGUCUGAGUGGCUGUACACUGUCAGAGAGAAGCUGUGAAGAUCUGUCCUCAGUUCUCAGCUCCCAGUCCUCUAGUCUGAGAGAGCUGGACCUGAGUAAAAACGACCUGCAGGACUCCGGAGUGGAGCUGGUGUCUGCUGGAUUGAAGAGUCCAAACUGCAGACUGGAAACUCUCAGUCUGUCAGGCUGUAUGAUCUCAGAGAAAGGCUGUAUAUCUCUGGCCUCAGCUCUGAGGUCCAACCCCUCCCAUCUGAGGGAGCUGGACCUUACCUAUAAUCAUCCUGGAGAAUCAGGAGUGGAGCUGCUGUCAGCAGGACUUAAGGAUCCUAUCUGGAGACUGGAAACUCUCAGGAUGGACAAUGGUGGACCACAGAGGUUGAAACCUGGUGUGAGGAAGUGUGAGUGUGUUUUAAGUCAGAUUUAUUUCAUUCAUGAAUUGUCAGGGUAAAUGCACAUUGAUCAACAUCCCUGUAAAUUGGCCAAAAGGCUAAUUUUCACCUGUUGUUCCUCUGCCUGAUGUUAAAUAUAAAAAAUAAAAUAAUUAGGAUCAAUCAAAUUGAUCUUGAUUCGUAGCCUCUGUUAAGAGUAGGGGAAAUACGAUGCCACGACCGAGCGGACCAAUCACAGUCUGCGUCAAUAUAACGUGUAGUUACGUGUUUGAGAGAUGCAAGAAUCUGCAAUCAACAUUGUGAUGAUGUCCAUUAUCUCUGUCAAUUUAA